GUAUGUAUGAAAGUAUGUGAUUUUAGAGGUUAGAUGUCUAACCUGAAAACUUUCGUUUUAAUGUUAAUUUAAACAUUUUUACUUGAAAAUAUUAUCAAUAUUAAAAUCUUAAGAUCUUUUACUUAUUCAUUUUAACUCGAAUUGAAUAAAGACAUUUUUUAUUUACUCUAUCGUUAAUUUUGAAACGUGAUCUUAGUGAUAAGUAUUAAAGAAUUUGUAAUUUGAUAAUGUUACAAUUACGUACGAGUAAUUAUAAACAUUGGUCUUAUGGGUAAAGCUAGGUAGAUAUUAGAAUGAGUGAUCAACUAGAUAUGUAUGUCUCUUAUCAUACCAGUGUAUUAAUAAGAACAUGUAUUUUUACUUUUAAAAGAUACUGCAAGCAAUUAUGAUGCAUAGAUGGUAUUGGUUUGGAGAAGACCUGGGUGCAUUCUUGUUUCCAGGGUACAAUAUUUCAACUGCUAGUAGUUUUAUCUCUACUUGUAUAGGUUUAAUUAGUCUUGCAAUAUUGUACGAGGCUAUGAAAAUAUCUCGGAUUAAAUUGGAACAAAUAGCGAUAUUCAAAUCAAAGUCCAUUUCUAAAUCUUCAGAGAAUUCUUCUUUAUUGUCUGAAAUUUCGCCAAGAUCAUUUACUUCUUUUUCUUCUAGGAAUUGUGCAAGCUGCGGUGAAUGGAUAUUACAAGUACUUCAUUGGUCUAUUCAUACUAUCCUUGGUUAUAUGCUUAUGAUGGCAGUUAUGACAUAUAAUGUAUAUAUUAGUAUUGUUCUUGUCAUUGGAAGUUGUUUAGGAUACUGGAUAUUUGGUCCAGUAUUGAUAGAAUCAAAUAUAAGACGAUUUCAAGAAAGACAAAAACUUAUUAAGUGUGACAAGAAUUGUACAGAUAAUACUCAUAAUCAAGAAAGACGUGAAUCUGCUGUUUCUGUCACCGCUGAACAAUUAGUAUUGGAAACAACAGUAGAGAUUCAUAUGCCGUGAGAUGCCUAAGAAAAUGGGUUUUGUCUAUACUUUUUAUAAUUCAAAUCAUAACAGAUAUUUGUGCCUACAAUCGAAUACAACGAAAAAUUACAAUAAAAUAAAUAAAUAAAUAAAAUUAUGGAAAGUAAUAAAAUGAUAAUUAAUUA